AUGGCGGCGUCGUCGGGUCCUGCGCUGUGCGUCGUGCGGGCGUCGGGCCCCGGGCAGCCCCGCUACCUCUGCUACUGCGACGGGCCCGAGGCGGGCGGCGAGGGCGGCUUCGGCGUCUGCGUGACGGACGCGGCCGACAUGUGGGCCACCACCGUCUCCGCCCACAGCACGGACCGCCACGUGGGUGAAGGGGACGGGCACGUGACUCAAGCUCAGUCCUCACAGAAAUCUCAAGAUGGACUGCCGCCCGCUGAGGACUUCGCCGCUCGAUUCAGAGAUGCCUGCGAGCAACAGACCGUCUCCCUGACCCCGCGAGACGAUGGAAGCGGGGUCUCCCUGCGGCUCCCGGGGGGCCCCCCGGGCCUCACCGUCGACCUGCCGAAGCUGCCCGACUCGGAGGCCCGGCCGCGGCUGCGGGCCCUGAUGCUCCAGUUGGCGGACAGGGUCCGGGGGCUCGAGCGGCGCCUGGCAGCUGUGGAGGCCGUGGCUGCCAGUCCCAGGAAGAAGUCCUCUCCGACUGGGCCGAGGCUGUUUAUGCCAGACCCGGAGCUCCGGAGAGGCGGCCCCGGGACCAGGAAGAGGAUGCCGGGCGAAUCGCUCAUCAACCCCGGCUUCAAGAGCAAGAAGGCGCCCAGCGGGGUGGACUUUGAUGACUCCUGAGGGUCUGACCCCAGAGAUUCGCACCUCUUCCCGGGACGAGAGCUCCCGUCUUCCCCGCCGCUCCUCGGGAGGACGGGGGUCCGGUGGGAGACCCCGCUGGGCUCCCCACAGGCCAGCCCAAAGUUCCCGUUCCUCGGAGGGCACGGGACGGCCCAGUGGGGGCCGCAGGCGGGGGACAGACCGGGGGCGGCGGUUCCCGGGGUCCCCCCCACCACUCCAGCCGGCCUCGCGACCAACCGACCGAAUAAAGCAGCCCCAAACUGA